ACAACAUGGAUAGAAAGAAAAAAAAAAUUAAGAGAACCUUUGCGACAGUAAUGAAUUUGAAAUCCUUAACAUCAAAACAAGCAAGAAGGGAGUUCAAGAUAAGUUAGUGAAUUGAAACGAGUCCAUGCUGCUUCAGAGUUUUCCCGAACCGAAAUGAACCAAUACAUUUUUAAGGGUGAAUUUUAAAAUAUUGACAGUUUGAGGGACUCUUUUGCAAUUUCCCUCAUAUCAAAACCCCUAAUUACUCUUCCGCCGCCAAAUCCUAAACGUCCGAACUCCAAAGCCAAGUUUCGCCGCGCAAUUUUUCUCCGCCGUCUUCGUCUACUUGUUCUUCUUCUUCAUCAAUCGGAUUCAGAGUUUCCUUUUUCCCUCGCGAUUUUUCUUCCCUUUUUUCUUUCUAAUUCGUUCAAUUACAAAAUGGAUCCGAUGAUCUGUAUGGAGUGCGACAACGACGCCUUUGACGACGGAGAAGACGGGUUUUUCUACUGCAAACGAUGCGGUACUAAGGCCGAUGGUAUAGUCCAAACCGCCGUCGAUGACGCCGAUCUCAUCGGUGAAAAUGGAGGUACCCAAGGCGCAAUAUAUAACGUCUUAGAUCGUCGUACUAUACAACCACACCUAAUCACUCCUUCACAGCCUCGUUACACGCAGGACACAUUGCGUUACUCUCAGUUUCGAUCUCAGCUCGAUUCCGCCAGCCAAAUCCCCAAAUCCGGACUUGAGAAGAAGGAUUUGUUCGGUGAAGUGAAGAGAGAGCCUGAGAGUUAUCUCGACAAAGAGCCAACUGAGCCUGUGGAUUUUGGAGCUGAGACUUUGGGUUAUGAUGAUUAUUACGAUGAGGCCAGAGAUAGAUAUGUUAAAGCUUUUCUCAUGAUGAUUACUUAUCAGUGUGAUGCUUUGGUUGACAAGUUCAAUGUCACUCCUUUGAUUAUUGGUUUGGUUGGACCUAUCUGUUUACGCUUCGUGGCUCUCUCCGGCGUAUAUGAUGAUGAUUGGGCUGAUAACGCCAUUCGUGAUUCCGAGCGUCAAUCAGAAGAUGGUGAAUUAAAAGAUGCUAAGCGGCCUAAAAAACACAGAGCUGAGCCUCGUAACUUAGAUGGUAAAAGAGCAGUGACGAUAUGGGUUAAUAUGCUUAAAAAGACUCUGCCUUUAUCCAGCUCUUUAGCGAUAUCUUUCCUUGCUUGUCACAAAGCGGGAGCACUUGUUCUACCAACGGACAUUGUGAGAUGGACACGGGAAGGAAAGCUUCCGUAUUUAUCUUGUUUUCUCGAGAUUCGAGAGCAAAUGGGAGAGCGAUCAGCUGCGUGUCCUGUGAAAACAAGCAUAAUGGCUAGGCCAUUUCAGAUUCCUUCUGCUCAGAUGUUAGAAGCACGAGCUGCUUUGAUUGCUGAUAUUAUAGGUUUACCUUUGCCUCCUGUGAAUUUCUAUGGUAUAGCUUCUAACUAUCUAAAGCGUUUGUCUAUUCCUGAGGAUAAGAUUCUUGAUCUGGUGCGUCUUAUACAGAACUGGUCAAUGCCUCCAGAAUUAUAUCUAUCGAAGAACGAGCUGAGGCUUCCUACACGUGUGUGUGUCAUGUCUAUACUGAUUGUAGCUAUACGGAUUCUUUAUAACAUCAAUGGUUUUGGUGUAUGGGAACAGAGUUUGGGGUUGAUUAAUGCUAGUGAGGCGGAUCUUGUUUCUGAUGACACUGAUUCUCCGGUUCAUGAUGAGGAGGUUUCAGAAACAAAUUUAGCUGCUGCAGAGUCAUUAGAUGUCACGAAAGCAACCGAAUUUGAUACCGAGGAGCUUCUGAAGAAUCUUGAAGCAAAAUAUUACGAGGUCGCCGCAGAAACCCUUGAAUCCGAGAAGGAUCUAUUGUCAUAUUUAUCACUCGGGAAAAACGAGUUCUUUGCUGGUUUAGAAGAAGAUUCACCUGACGAUACAUACAGAAUUGUUGAUAACCUAUGGAAUGGUUAUCAAAAAAACGAGGAUUCCGAUCAGUUUAGGACUCCAUCCAAGAGGGGAAGAGACAGUGAAGAUGAUCUAUCACUUAGCCAGCUUUGUAUAGAUGAUAGCAAAUUUAGGUAUGGAAUCAAUCCUUGUAGUAGUCCUUUAGGGAGAAACGAAAGUGUGUCAAUGGAUAUAGAUCUAUCUUUAGAACACGAAGUUUCAUCAUCACCAGAGAAUCAUCAACAAGAAGAGAAAUUUAAGGAGAGAGCGAUAAAAAGACUAACUACAGACAUGGGAGAGAACCUGUUCUGUUACAUACCACCUCGCGUGAAGAUAAAGAGACUAGACUACCUUCAAUAUGUGAGGAAAAAGGAUGAUGGAGCAUUAAUAUAUGCGGCUCACGCAGAUUACUACAUUCUUUUGCGGGCUUGUGCUAAGGUUGCUGAAGUUGAUGUAAGGAAUAUGCAUAGAGGUGUGUUGAGCUUUGAGAGGAGAUUAGCUUGGAUUGAGAAAAGGAUAGAUCAGGUUUUGCAUCUAACUCCACCUUUUAUGACAUGUGACAACUGUUGUGAUGGUGAGAAUGUUGGAGAAGAACAAGAUAUUUAUACACUAACACAUGAAGAUGAUUCAUACAGAUUCAUACACUAACACAUCAAGAUGAUUCAUACGCUAACACACUUUGUUCAAAUUUAUUUUGUUGUAAUAUGAUCACAGAAAUGUUUUGUAAUUUUACAAGUCCAA